AUGGUAGACACAGAUAUAGGUGAGCACAGAAAUGCCAAGGGGCUAGAAUCAGGGGCCUCGAGUUGGGACAAGACAAGAGUGGCGAGUGGCGCCCACGGCGAGGAGGGCUCAGCUCGCAUGUGGAAGGCUCUCACCUACUUCGUAGCGCUCCCUGGCGUGGAUGUGAGCAUGCUGAAUGUCUUCCUGAAGUCGCGUCAUGGAGAGCACGAGAGACCCGAGUUCGUCGCUUACCCCCAUCUCCGCAUCAGGUCCAAGCCCUUUCCCUGGAGAGAUGGUAAUCAUACUCUAUUCCAUAACUCUCACAUGAAUCCACUUCCAACCGGCUAUGAAGAUGAAUAGAGAGAACCUGGACCACCACCCAGUGGGGACCACAGCACUGGUUUGGACCAAGACUCUGCACACGGACCAGAAAAAUCUAUG